CUUCAGGCCCUAACAGGUGCACCAGAAGGUUACAGACAGCAUGGUCUCCACCUGCCCCGGCCCAUACCGAGGAUCCCUUUCCAACCGCGGGCUCAGAUCCAACCCAGUAGACCGACGCAACGACAGCACCGCUACCGGGACUUCCUCUCCGCGACCACUUAAUCGCUGUAAGGGUUGAUCUCGACCGCCGGGCACCGGUAUGACCUACGAAAUCGACUCUGAACCCCUGGACUACCUCUUGUACCGCAUCUGAACUAACAAUUCUUCAAGUCCACGCGCCACCUCUUCUGUAGCUCCCAGACGAUAUGGGUGAUAGCCGUUGAAACGGCUUUCUAGCUGAACUCAUCCCUACACAUCCUCUGGACCAAAUUGUCCGGAGUUGUGUCCUCCCCGCAUGUGGCAAGCAUGCGGUCACGCAUUGUGCGAAAACACGGGCACACGAAUAAAACGUGUUCGGCCGUUUCCAUUAAACCAUUGCACACUGGGCAUUCGGGAGAAUCCGCAUACCCGAAACGGACCUGUGUCAGGUGAAAUGUAGCUUCUCCAUGGAGCCUAUUAAUCCAACUAUCUACCCUCGGUAUCAACCUAUGGGUCCACCUUCCUUUGGUGGAACUGUCCCACGCGCGCUGCCAUUUGACCAUAGAGGCCAUCCUGGCAGUCCUGCGUAUGCCUCCUAUGCCGCGCAUUUCGAAGCACUCCAUGUCCUCACUGAUAAGAAUGCUGAUAGGCACCAUACCAGUAAUGACGCAGAGAGCGUCGUGUGACACGGUACGGUACGAGCUCGCAACCCUCAGGCACAUAUGCCUGUAAAUACUUUCCAGUUUUCCUCGGUAGCAUUCAGUACUUAGCGCAGUGCCCCAUGCCGGGCCGCCAUACCUUAGUAUGGACGUAGCGGCACUAGCCAGAAGCUUGCGCUUACUGAGGUAUACCGCAGAGCUAUUGGACAUCAUCCGGGACAGUUCCGCGGUAGCUGUGGAGGCUCUUAUACAGACAUAAUCAACGUAGCUACCGAAGGCGAGCUUAUCGUCGAUCUUCACGCCCAAAUGUUCGACUGAGCGCUUUGACAGGAUAGUGCACUAACCUACACUGAUCACCGCCUGCUGCUCCGACUUCCGAUUGUUAACAACCGUCUCCUCAGUCUUUUGGUGAGCCAGCUCCAGUUUCCUGGACCGCAUCCACGCCUCCACAACCUUGAUCGAGUGGUCGCUAGUCAACUUCAACUCCUCGAUCGUUUCACCGUAGACUUCGAGCGUAAUGUCGUCGACAAAUCCGACAAUCUUCACUCCCACUGGGUACUCUAACCUCAACAACUCGUCAUACAUGACAUUCCAUAACACCGGACCCAGGAUGGAACCUUGCGGGACUCCUGAGGUUAUGUGAAAGCACUUCCGACCCACCUCCGUGUCGUAAACUAGUACUCGAUUCUGAAAAUAACUUUCAAGAAUCUUGUACAGGUGCCUGGGUAUCCCCCGACGCAAGAGUGCAUUGGCAAUAGUAGACCAGCAAGCGCUAUUAAAUGCAUUCCUAACAUCCAGAGUGACUACCGCACAGAAACGAAUUCCCCUUCUCUUAGGCUCGAGAGCUUUCUCGGCGGUUUAUGUAACCGAAAAGAUAACGUCUACGGUGGACCUCCUCUUCCGGAAGCCGUACUGGUUUUCGCCCUCAGUGAACCUCAACAUUUCAUUGAGGAUGAUCUUUUCGAGCACCUUCCCCGCCGUGUCUAUCAAGCAUACUGGUGUCUAUGCCGACGGGUGUCCGGGUGGAUUCCCCGCUUUUAGUAAUAGAACCAGGCUCUGCCUCUUCCAAGCUUCUGGGAAAACUCCCUCGUCUAGGCAUUUCUGCAUAGCGGACCUGAACAUCUCGGGAGCCCCUGCAAUAGCUACUUUUAAGACCAGGGCCUUACCUACGCUAAGGGACUUUGCUAUCCCCGCAAGUCUCCUCAUCGCCAGCCCUAGUCCCCGGCUCCUACGAAAGAAGGCAAAGGACUAGAAUCAUGACGCGGAAAAGCCCUUCGAUGAUCCCCUCCAACGUCUCUGGAGAUUGCUCUGUAGUGCCAUUACACCUCGCGUCUUGACAAUAACGAUCCUGUAGGCGUCACCCCACGGGUUCACAUUGGCACUCUGACAGAAACCCUCGAAGCAGGCCUUUUGCUUGCUCUUAUCUCGAUCUACAGCGGAGCCCGUAGGCAGGCGCGGCGGUCCACCAGUAAGCCGGUGGCCUCCCAUAUCUAGGGUGGACUCGCCUAGGCAUGGUCGCAUCACACGCACGUGAGAACACCGCUACCAGCUCGUCGCCGUCUAAACCAUGUAAGUUUCACUCACGACGGAGCGCCUCCCCUUCGUCGAACUAUGAUGUCUUCCAUCUGCGAAGGCUUGGCCUUGGCCUAGCCGCCUCUUCAUCGACUCACUGCCUGCUGUUGUUGUAGUCGAUACUGUAGCGAACCGCCAGGUGAUCGCUGGGAAUGUAGCUGUCGUCUACUCUCCAGUUCGAACUACUUGUUAGGCCAGGACUACAAAAGGUCCCGUCAAUAAUUCAAUCCGCUCCGUUUCGACUAUAGGUGCUCUUGGUACCGACAUUUGCCAAGUCGACAUCUAAGAUGGCCAGUGUCUCUAGCAGGAUCUGACCCCGCUGGUUCGUGAAACGGCUUCCCCAUUCCACGGCCCAGGCAUUAAAGUCACCCGCUAUUACCACCGGCCUUCGCCCUGUUAGCACGGUCGUUAUGCGGUCCAGCAUUUGCGUGAACUGCUCGAUCGGCCACCGCGGAGGCGUAUAACAGCUACAGAAGAAGACCCCGUUUAUUGUGGUGACCACGAAGGUCUCAUACAUAGGUAGUAGACACCAACUCCUGUGCGGGGUAUGUACCCGUCGUCCAUAUCGCCGCGAUUUUUCUGGACCCAUCCGCGACCCAGUUGCCGCUACCGGCGGAUACUCCGUAUAGGUCCGCUAUGAUGGCGAUAUCCGUCUCCCACUCAGAAACCGCCUGACAAAGCAGCUGCUGAGUCGCGUCACGGUGGUUCAGGUUCAGCUGCGUUACCCUUGGCGUUACCUGCACUGUGAUUCGUUCACUGCGGUUUUCUUGAAUGCCGGGAACCUUGGACCACUCGUCGGAUGUCUGUUCUUCACGGAUUUCCCGGUAAAGAUCAUACAGAUGGGUGGACUCGUCCAGCUUUGGGCCUUAUGACCUUCAACCGCAUCGCAUUUGCAGUCCCACGGCUUGUGUCUUGGUUUCAGACACCUAAAGCAACCCUCUGGUGGCUCGUGGAAUGUCAGAUGACAUACGCACCAGGCCACCUUUUUUUGCCGGACUUAUUGACGUCUGCCACAGGUAGCUAAACCUAACGGCUGCGGCGGCCACCUGUACAUAGCACUGUUGCCGCAGUGCUCUCGUCUAUGUCUUUGACCUUCAGAGUCGCCUCAUGUGUGAGAGCUCUCACCUCUACUCCCUCACCAAGGACCUCUUCUGCCAGCCUCUUGUAGGCGGCGCUCUUGUGAUCAUUCUCGCGCUUCAGAUCCAGGAUCAUUUCACCCGUACGAGUACGUCUAAUACUGCGUACGUCGGCUCCCAGACCCUCAAGCUUGGCGUCGCUUCUCAUCGCCUUCAAGACGUCCGAGUACUUGGACUGUUCCGUCUUGAUGACGUCGCCUUUCUCGCGCUUGGCACGUACCCUCCUGCGCCUUGGCUUGGCGUCCUGCACUUCCUGCGGAUUCGUAUUUCUCUUCUUCCGCUCAACUUUAGUCCAAGGGGGUCUACCCCUUGGUUCGCCCUACUCUGCGGCUGCUGAGGGCCUUCCAAAGCAACGAUCGGAACCCCUUGUUCCCAUCGUUCCGGGACGGGCCAGCCUUUUCAGGCCCACCCUUUCCAGCUUUCCGGGAACCAGCAUUGUUGCUGACCUUCGAGGUAAUAAUACGCCUGGCUUUGCGGGCGCCGCCAGACAGCUCCUCACCCGACGGCUGCCUCGCCCGCUUCUGCGAGUUCUUGACACGCUUGUCACGAGCAUUCGCAUCCGCCACUUUACUCGGACUACCUGCGAAGGUUCCGCCGCUGCGGCAGUCAGCAACGCGAGUACCGCGUGCUCCUGCUUGGCAUCAUCGAUCGACACCCUAAGUCGAAACAAGGCCGUUUUCAGGUCCUUGCUUAUAUUCGACUUAGUAGACGCAAACUCGAUGAUUUUGUCAAGCUGUUGCUCAGCCACCUCUGUUGCGGACCGUCCUUUAUUUUCUUGGCUGAUGGCCCUCAGCAGCCACGCUCCGUCCAUUAUCUCCACCGGCUGGCUUGCCGGGAAGUGGACUGGAACUCACACGCCUAUCUUCUCACUUCUCUUUGUCGGAGACCUCAUCAACCCCCUUCUUGUGAAGGGGUUGAUCGCACCACUACUUCCACCUAUAUUCUGAUUUUUUUGAAUUUUUGCUCAUUGUUCAUCCCACGAGUCGGACGGGAAAGAAGGUCCACCACGCCAGAGCUCUGCAUUAACGCGGUAAGGGACAGCUUACUGUGGGGGUGCCCAGGUACCCCACAGGCUCCGUUAAAGAUCGAGCAUCUUUUUCACCCCCUCGAUCACUCAUUCCUUGGCACGGGUCACUUGACACCUGGAAUUGGGGUUAGUAGUCCUAUUCUUAGUCGGCGACUACGCGGCUGGUGGUGCUGGUCUAUAAUUGGGUAAAGGCGGUCUUGGUGGUUGGAAAAAUGGUGGUGUGUUUAUUCUUGGGAAAAACGGUUGUUGAUAUCGUGGUUGCUGUUGUUGUUGUUGUUGUUGUUGGAAAGGCUGAAAUUGCUGGUAAUUUCUAAAAUUGUGAAUCAUUGGUGGGAUUCUUUCUGGUACUCUUGGUAUUGAUGAUAUUUGUUUUUUUUUUUUUGAAUUGCUCCUGUAUUUACCUUGUCCAUUUUUUUGCUUUUAAUAAUGUUUUUUUUUUGAAAUUCUAUAUUUUGGAAACUUAUACAGUAAGCAUAAGCUUGCGCUAAAGCUUUCAGGUCUGUAAAUUUCCACGAAUUGUCCGAGGAGAUCACCAUAUAGACCUCUCAUAAAAGCGUCCAAUGCUUUUUCAUUUUACGUCUCUAUAAGUGCCUUUAUUGCUUCUGGUUGGUGGUAUUCCCCACUUGAGCGAGUUUGAUUGGCAAUGAGUGAUAGCAAGUCAUUAAUUGGUAGUCCAAAGUGUUUAUGUCCCGUUUUUCACCGUAAUAAGUUAGUAAGACUCGUUUAAUGGUUGUCCAAUUAAUGUUCACAUUAGAAGAGGCUAAAGCGUCGUUCGGCUCUCCUUUAAUUUUUCAGCGAAUAAUUUUGCAGCCAACAUGAAAUUUAGCUAAAAUCGCAAAUGUAAUGUGAAAUUAUGUCAACAGCUUCUGUGGAAACUGGAUGUCCUUCUGUAUCGGUAUCGGAAUGGUGGAUCGUUCAAAUCCUCAGAAGCCGGAGCUACGUUAAGUUCUAUAGCUUGGAUCCUUUCGAGUUUCGAGAAUUUGUUGAAGUCGCUGAUCAUGAGCCGUGUUAUUUCCAAAAUUAUUAUAAAUUUUCAAUUUAUUAUAAGUUUGCGUUCGUUACUUAAGCUAUUAUUGCUUGUUUUCAAAUUUUUAGUUUUUUGUUUAUUUAAACACUUGUUACGUUUGUAAAUAGUUGUGAACAUUUUGUCAGUUAAUUUUCUAUUUUAUACUGUGGUUUGUACAUCCGUCCCUGAAUUUUAAUGUGCAUUUGUAGCGCUUCAAACAUUUCAGCAGCGAACCAGUACAAAACACGCAAGCCGUCUCCUAACACGGACAUCAAAUUGUAGACGGUCUUGUGUUGUUGCCCGAAUCGGGAUGCCCGAUUAGGAUUAGUUUUCCUAGACAAAACCAAGCUAUGAGCACAGCAUCAAAUGCUGUGAACUAAAAGGCAAACUGCCAAAUAAAAUACAAUUCCAGGAUGACUGAUGGACCCAAACCAAUAAAUGAAACCUCGUCAUCCUGUGAUCGGAAGGAUUUAUCCAUCUGGAUGGAUAACAGGACACAUUUAUGUUAUGUGUUGUGCUGCGUCAAUUUGUGAUGUUCCUAAUUUGUGCAUUUGUAAGGUUCUAUGUGUUGUAAUAUGGUAAUCAUUUGUAAUAAUUAUUUUCUUUUAUUUUUGUACACACUCCUAUCGUCUAUAACGAUUUUUGUGAGUGGGUGAAUUUUGAUUUUGAGUCAAUUUAGUUUUUAUUUGGUUUAAUACUUUUCUUGGUUUGUAUUAGUUCUCUUGUUCACUUGUUAAUCUUUCGUUUCACUUUAUUGGGAGAAAAAAAUAGUACUUACAGAUUUUAUUUUGACCAUCGUGAGGGGCACUCACGACUGCGGGGUCCGUAAAUAUUGGUAACCACCAAUCCUCUAACAGUGGUAGAUCUACCAAUUUUUGGUCGCUGGUCGUUGGUUAUCGAAUCCUAUUAUUCCUUCUGGAUAGGGCCAGAUUCCCUGUGAUAGAUCCAAGUGAGUUUUCGUGUGUGGCUCCAACCUUUCUCAGCACUACUGUGGUGGGAUCCUUUUUCCUGGGGUACUGGAGGACCAACAGUACUGCUAGUGCUACAACGAUGUUGUGAUAUAGCUUGUUUCGGACCGUAUUCUUGUCGUUUUGUCUCUUGUCACAAACUCGACUGUACUAAUAAAAUUCUGAACGUACACUAACUUUUCACAGUGUGUCUUGUUCAGCCGAUCACUGUACCUAGAGAAACUUCCUACUAAGCUGACACACUUUCACUUCUAUUCGGGCGCCAGUUAUAUAUUCUUCAAGUGAUUUUUUUUUUCAUUUAUUCAACUGAACAAUAUUGGAAAGGACUUAAAUCUAGCUUAUUCCUACACUUAGGCCAUUCAGCUGUACUAAAUUUAGAUUAAAACAGGACUGAAUGAGACUUCUUCCUCCUGAGAUAUUUAUAGUCGGCUGCAUCCUCCUAGAAUCGUUUUUAUCAUCCUGGCCUCAGCUGAUGUUUGGAUUAUCUCGUACUGCGGAAAUGGUGUGCUACUUCUAGACUUCUCGGUAAUGUUUUAUAGCUUGCGAAUUCCGAUUGAUUGGUCCAUGCGAUGCUCUGUUGUUAUGCUGUAUGUUGAUAAGCUGGGUAUCUGGCUGUGGUGUAGCAAUCGUGGUGCGUAAUAUAAGGUUUUCACUAAAGUUUGUAGAGUUUCAACUAAUUUUAGCGUUGAAUUGCUGAAUUUACUGUAUUUACUAAACUGAAUAUUUCAACUAAACAAAUUAUUGAUCGAAGACGUUUUUUGAAAGUUCAACAAAUGAGCUUGCUUGAGCUUGAGCUCGAUUGACCGCCCGUAGUAGCUACUCCAGUAUCGCCAGACAUGCUAAAUUCACAUAGACCCAAAAUUACGGCUUGUGACUAAUGGCUGCCUUUUCUACUGUCUUCUAAGCUUCUACAGUGUUGCCAGUUUCAAAAUAAAACCACCACAACACAGAUAUUGAACCUAUGGCCUUUUACAUACGCAUUACAAGCGGUAGCCGAGGUAGCUUCGUGGCCGAGCGGUUAGCGGCGUCAGUCGUUUAGGUGUCUCGUAAGCCUCGGAGUGUGGGUUCGAUUCCCGCUCCAGUCGGGGAAAACUUCUCAUCAAACGGAAAAUUCUCCACUGGGCCACUGGGUGUAAUAUGUGUUGUCCGUUGUCGAAUGUUUGUAAUGUUCAGUCUGUAGAGGCCGCAAGGUCGAAGACGGUGUAAUUGUCUUUUUUUUUGUCUUUUUUUUAGCCAUUAAACCAGGCCGUCUAUUUUACUAUUUUACUAAAGUUUACCAAAUAUCAAGUUUCUACUAUCUAUUCUACUGAAGAUUUUAGUUUGGUAAUAUUCAGCAAACAUUAUGUAAACAUGCCUCUAUAAAACACGAGACUCUCAAAGUUCAAGAUUUGGGAAAUCCAGAUCGCCGGAUCGUAGCUACCAGGUAUUACAUAAGUAGGUAAUAAAACACUCCCAAGUAGGAAUCAACUCGAAAGCAAUAAAAGUCAUUGAUUUUACUAUACCCAUAUCAAAUAUCGGAUUUCAGAUUUUUAUCACAGCCAUUAAAUAGGUAAUUAGCGAUUAUCCCGUAGGACCAUUGCGCCUAUCCGCCUCAAUUAGCGAUAACGGCGCGAACUAUGAUAACAACAAGGGACGGGAGGGGCCAUCCAUCAAUGUGCACGAUUUACGACUCCCACUAGACAGUCGUUCAGUGAUUCUUCCAGCAGUAGCAGCAGCAGCAGCAGGGUGCAACAAUGGCGCCGAAGUGUCUAGGGAUUGCACUAUUGCUAGUGCAGAUUUUCAUCAGGAGUAGUUUUCAGCAAUCCAGUGCAACGGAUGACAGCUACGUGGUGGGGGUUGUGGAGUUCAGAAUGGAAUUGCUCAAUAUGCCAAUAGAUACUAGAACUGCCAUGAAUCUGGAAGCGUAUAAGGAGUUGAUGCGGUCCGACGAGGCGAAGCUGACUGACAUUGUGGUAUUCCCCGAACUCACACUCAACACCCUGAUGGAUCCCGUGCCCGUACCGAAUCCGGAGGGUAACACCAUCCCAUGCAUACCGGACAGUCCCGAACUCCUCUCGCAACUCUCCUGUUUGGCCAUCGAAACCGGCAAAUACAUUGUCAUCAACCUAUCCGAGUCCUUCGAGUGUGAUUCGUUACCAGACAAUGAUCCCCGACCAUGUGAUCCUACCGCCGUCCACCGCUACAACACCAACGUGGUGUUCGACCGAAACGGCACCCUCAUCACACGAUACCGCAAGACUCAUCUCUUCCGGGAACCCGGCACAAGCGUCACCUACGAACCGGAGAUCGUUACCUUCGACACGGACUUCGGCGUCCGAUUUGGAGUGGUGACCUGCUUCGAUCUACUGUUUGCCGAGCCUACUCUGGAGCUGGUCAAGUUGGGCGUCAAGGAUUUUGUCUUUCCAGCCUAUUGGGUAUCUGAACCGCCAUUCUUGACUUCCGUGCAGAUCUUCGAGAGCUGGGCCUACGGAAAUGACGUCAACUUGAUCGCCUCUGGCACGAACUACGCUCCGGCUGGAAGCACCGGAACAGGAGUCUUUAACGGACGCAACGGAGCCGUAUUUUCUUUCUUCACCGGAAAAGAGACUAGGAAAAUUUUCCCUGUUCGUGUACCGAAACUUCCUAGAAGCAAUUCUCCAACAACAACUCCACCUAAAAAAGACUGCAAAACUGUAUCGGGUCGAUCCGGAGGAAAGUUGCUGGAUGAAGUGAACAUGGGAACAGACAUCCCCGAACGAUUCACAACGGCCCUAAUCAAACCUGAUCAGGUGUCCAAGGUAUUCAACCGAACUGUUUGCGACGGCGAUUUCUGCUGUGACUUUCAUAUCGACUUUGAAACACGUGGCGAGCGACCUGUGUCCCAUCUCUAUCGCUUGACGGCUUUCGAUGGAGUGCGCACGUUCAAAGGCUACGCUGAAGCACAUGUGAGCAUCUGCGCAAUCAUAACCUGCCUGAAUGAGAACUUGGCCUCCUGCGGGCUUCCAAACUACGAGAGCACAAAGUACCUAAAGUUCAACGAGAUAUCCAUCAGUGGUGAUUUUAUAGCCAACGGAACACUGGUCAUGCCCAGCAGCUUAGAUAACAAAUUUCAUUCAUUGGAUGCUAAGUAUUAUCAGUUCUAUUCAACUGUCGACUAUCCCAAUGAUCGACAGCACGUUCAGCUCACGUUGUCCAGUUCAGUGUCGAAUCUACAGACUUUUGGCAUAUACGCUUUCAAUCAUAAGGAUUUCGACUACUUCAUACCGGAUGCGCCCCCACCUCAAGAAGAUAGUACAACAACAAUACGACCAGCGUCCGGUUGGUUAUUGAGUUUAGGACUCUUGUGUAUUGGCAAGUCAAUGAUUUUCUAGAAAGCAAAAUCACCUGAUUGAGUGAAGGUGCACUUGAUCAAUAAAACGGUAACACCACUGCCA